AUGCCAGAGAAACCAGAACCGGGCAUAAACCAGCUCCGGGAAGAUGAAGGUGCUUCGGGAACGACGUUCGAAGCUAACAAUGCAAGCUCCGUGGACGUGACUUUGCCAGCAGAGAUAGAGAAGACGAAGACGCAGGAGGCGCCUGCUGCUGGAGAUCCCAAUGCCGUACCCGAAGAGAACGCCGUCACCCAGACGGUUACGUCCCAGUCUCACAAAUUGACCAAGAGCAAAACGAUCAUUAUCAUGGGAGCAUUAUGUUUGACGGUUUUCUUAGCCGCUCUCGAUAUGACCAUUAUCUCAACAGCCCUUCCAGUCAUGGCAGCUCACUUCCAUACCACUCAAGGCGGCUAUUCCUGGAUGGCAUCUUCAUAUCUCUUAGCUAAUGCUUCCUCUGUCCCCUUUUGGGGAAAACUGAGCGACAUUUUCGGCCGAAAGCCCGUCAUCAUUCUAGCCAACAUUGUCUUUUUGGUGGGCAGUCUUAUUUGUGCCUUGUCCAAUAGUCUUGCUAUGAAUAUUGCUGGUCGAGCCAUUCAGGGUGGCGGCGGUGGCGGUAUCAUUGUAUUGGCAAACAUUACUGUUUCUGAUUUAGUCAGUGUCAGAGAACGACCCAUGUAUUACGGUCUUUUCGGUGUGACCUGGGCUCUUGCAGGAGCUCUUGGCCCAAUCAUUGGUGGUGCUUUGACAACCAAGGUUACCUGGCGAUGGUGCUUCUACUUGAACUUACCCGUCGGUGGUUGCUCUCUAACCAUCUUAACCUUCUUCCUCAAAGUACACACACCAAAGACUCGUCUUCUAGAUGGUCUAAAAGCGAUCGACUGGCUGGGAGUUGUCACUUGCAUCGGCGCUACACUUAUGUUCCUUUUUGGACUCGAAUUCGGCGGUGUCACCUACCCCUGGAAUUCGGCUACGACUAUCUGCCUGAUUGUAUUCGGUAUCUUGACCUACGGCAUCUUCUUCCUAAUUGAAUGGAAAAUCGCCAAGUACCCCAUCAUCCCUUUACGACUAUUCAAGAAUCGUCACAACCUCGCGAUCUUUGCCGUGUGUUUCUGUCACGCCUCUGUCUUCAUCUCCGGCGCUUACUAUAUACCACUCUACUUCCAAUCCGUCCUCUUAGCAACUCCAAUUCUUUCCGGUGUCUACACGCUCCCGCAAGUUCUUUCUUUGUCAGUUACUUCCGCAAUGAUCGGAAUCAUCAUCAGGAAGACCGGCCGCUACAAAGAAGUCAUCUCACUAGGAAUGGGCGUCAUGACCCUUGGGUUCGGACUCUUUAUUGACCUCAAACCGUACGCAAGCUGGUCACGUAUCAUCAUUUACCAACUCAUCGCCGGAGCCGGCGUUGGCCCUAAUUUCCAAGCCCCCCUCGUCGCCCUUCAAGCGAACAUUCAUGUCUCAGACAUGGCCGUCGCAACCGCCACAUUCGGUUUUGUGCGCCAACUCGCCUCCGCCAUUGGCAUCGUUCUCGGUAGUGUCAUCUACCAAAACGUCCUCGCGCAACAAAUACCACAACUCGAAACCGUCGUCGGAUCCGCGACAGCCGCGAAAUUCGCAAGCACGUUUUCCGGUGGUGAUAAAUCGCUUAUUGAGUCUCUCCCCGCCAUUCAACAGGCCGCCAUCAAAUCGACAUUUACCUUUUCGCUCAGUCGGGCGUGGAUCUAUUAUACCGCGCUAGGUGGUGUGGGUUUUGCGAUCAGUUUCUUCCUUCGUCGCGUCGAGUUGAAUCGAUCACAUGCCGUUGCGAAGACGGGGUUGGAAGCACAAGAAAAGGCGCGACAGGAGAUACUUGCAGCCAAGAAGGCUGCAAAGGAGGCAAAAUCGGCUGUAUAG